AUGGUGCAUGACGAGGAUGUCCCACUGGCCGACAGUGGCAGCACGCUGAAAAGCGAACAGCAUUACGGCGAUGCAGAGUGGGAGUUGAAGCCCAAGGUCGUCGCCUUCCGCAAGCUCACCGUCGAAGCCAUCAGCGCCGAAGCCGCCAUCCACGAAAAUUUCGUUUCUCAGUUCAACAUCCCCAAGCUCAUCAAGGAGUCUCGGAACAAGGCUCCUCUCAAGACGAUCCUGCAGCAGAGCCACGGAUGCGUCAAGCCCGGCGAGAUGCUGCUGGUCCUGGGCCGGCCGGGCUCGGGCUGCACCACGCUGCUCAACGUCCUGGCCAACCAGCGAAGGGGCUACGCAAACGUCGCCGGCGACGUCCACUACGGCUCCAUGAAGGCCGCCGAGGCCAAGCAGUACAGUGGCCAGAUCAUCAUGAACACGGAAGAGGAACUAUUCUUUCCGACGCUGACCGUGGGGCAAACAAUGGACUUUGCCACGCGGUUAAAGGUGCCUUUCAAGUUACCCGACGGAGUCAACAGCAAGGAAGAGCUCCGCAAAGAGUCGGGCGAGUUUCUGCUCAAGUCCAUGGGCAUCGAGCACACCAUGGACACCAAGGUGGGCAACGCGGGGAGUGUCUUUUGCUGGGACAACUCGACCAGGGGCCUCGACGCAAGCUCGGCCCUGGAAUUCGCCAAGGCAAUUCGCGCCAUGACAGACGUUCUCGGCCUCGCCUCCAUCGUCACGUUGUACCAGGCUGGCAACGGCAUCUACAACCUCUUCGACAAAGUGCUGGUCCUCGACGAGGGCAAGGAGAUGUACUACGGCCCCAUGCGGGAAGCCAGGCCCUUCAUGGAGAGGCUGGGCUUUGUGUGCGCGCCCGGCGCCAAUGUCGCCGACUACUUGACGGGUGUCACCGUGCCCACCGAGCGCAAGGUCCGGUCAGACAUGCAGCACAGCUUCCCACGCACCGCAGACGCCAUCCGACAAGUGUACGAAGAGUCCCCGAUUCACGAGUCAGUGAGGGCAGAGUACGAUUACCCGUCCACAGACGAGGCCAACAACAAAACGACCCUCUUCCGCCAGGGCGUCGCCAUGGAAAAGGACAAGGGGCUGCCUGCUAAGAGCCCCAUGACAGUUGGCUUCCUCGGCCAGGUCAAGGCCUGCAUCGCGCGUCAAUACCAGAUUCUCUGGGGCGACAAGGCGACCUUUCUCAUCAAGCAAAUAUCGACCAUAGUCCAGGCUCUCAUUGCGGGCUCGCUCUUCUACAACGCGCCCAGCACGUCGGCGGGACUGUUUAUGAAGUCGGGCGCGUGCUUCUUUGCCAUCCUCUUCAACAGUCUGCUGUCCAUGUCCGAGGUGACCGACUCCUUCACCGGCAGACCCGUGCUGCUCAAGCACAAGUCGUUUGCCCUGUUCCAUCCUGCCGCCUUUUGCAUCGCCCAGAUUGCCGCCGACAUCCCCGUCAUCCUGUUCCAGGUUUCCACGUUCUCCCUGAUACUGUACUUCAUGGUCGGCCUGACCAUGUCGGCGGAGACCUUUUUCACCUUUUGGAUCAUCGUUGUGGCCACCACCAUGUGCAUGACGGCGCUUUUCCGGGCGAUUGGCGCCUCCUUCAGCACGUUUGACGGCGCUUCCAAGGUCUCGGGCUUCACCAUCGCCGCCGCCAUCAUGUACACGGGCUACAUGAUCCAGAAGCCGCAGAUGCACCCGUGGUUUGUAUGGAUCUUUUGGAUCGACCCGCUGGCCUACGCUUUCGACGCCCUUCUGUCCAACGAGUUCCACGACAAAAUCAUCCCCUGCGUGGGCAACAACCUGAUCCCAAGCGGCCCCGGAUUCACCGACUCGAGCCGGCAGGCGUGCGCCGGGGUGGGCGGCGCCGUCCCGGGACAGACAUUUGUCACUGGUGACAACUACCUGGCGUCGCUCUCCUACAGCCACUCGCACCUGUGGAGGAACUUUGGCAUCGUGUGGGCCUGGUGGGCGCUCUUUGUCGCCAUCACCGUCUGGUCGACAUCUCGCUGGCGGUCGUCGUCGGAGAACGGGCCGAGCCUGCUGAUUCCCCGAGAGAGCGCCCGCCGCGUCGGCGCCACGCCGCGGCAGGCGGACGAGGAGGGCCAGACGGCGCGGAAACACGCCGUAGACCCGAGCUCGCGAUCUGGCACCGACGUGGGCGAUAGCGACGCGGCCCAGCCAAACCUCAUUCGAAACACGUCCGUCUUCACCUGGAGGAACCUCUCGUACACGGUUAAGACGCCGGCGGGUGACCGUCUGCUGCUCGACAACGUGCAGGGCUGGGUCGAGCCGGGCAAGCUCACGGCGCUGAUGGGGGCAUCGGGCGCUGGAAAGACGACGCUGCUCGACGUGCUGGCGCGGCGCAAGACCGAGGGCACCAUCCGCGGGUCCGUCAUGGUGGACGGCAGGCCGCUGCCCGUCUCGUUCCAGCGGUCUGCGGGCUAUUGCGAGCAGCUCGACGUGCACGAGCCGUUCGCGACGGUCCGCGAGGCGCUCGAGUUCUCGGCGCUGCUCCGCCAGAGCCGCGAGACGGCGCGGGCGGAGAAGCUGGCGUACGUCGACGCCAUCAUCGACCUACUCGAGCUCCACGACCUGGCCGACACGCUCAUCGGGGAGGUGGGCGCGGGGCUGAGCGUGGAGCAGCGCAAGCGCGUCACCAUUGGCGUGGAGCUCGUGUCCAAGCCCAGCAUCCUUAUCUUCCUCGACGAGCCGACGUCGGGCCUGGACGGGCAGUCGGCCUUUCACACGGUGCGCUUCCUGCGCAAGCUGGCGGCCGUCGGGCAGGCUGUUCUCGUGACCAUCCACCAGCCGUCGGCGCAGCUCUUUGCGCAGUUUGAUCGGCUGCUGCUGCUGGCCAAGGGGGGCAAGACGGUCUACUUCGGCGACAUUGGCGACCAGGCGCGGACCAUCCGCGAGUACUUUGGGCGGCACGGGGCACGGUGCCCGCCCGAGGCCAACCCGGCCGAGCACAUGAUUGACGUGGUGUCGGGGGGCCAGCUGUCGCAGGGCCACGACUGGAGCGCCGUGUGGCUCGAGUCGCCCGAGCACGCGGCCGUGAGCGCGCAGCUGGACCGCAUCGUGCGCGAGGCGGCGGCCAAGCCCCCCGGGACCGUCGACGACGGGCACGAGUUUGCGACGCCGCUGCGGGAGCAGAUACGGCUGGUGACGCGGCGGAUGAACGUGUCGCUGUACCGCAACACCGACUACGUCAACAACAAGCUGGCGCUGCACGUCUUCUCGGCGCUCUUCAACGGCUUCUCGUUUUGGAUGGUGGGCGACUCGGUGGGCGACCUGCAGCUCAAGCUCUUCACCAUCUUCAACUUCAUCUUCGUGGCGCCGGGCGUGCUGGCGCAGCUGCAGCCGCUCUUCAUCCACCGGCGCGACAUAUUUGAGACGCGCGAGAAGAAGUCCAAGACGUACUCGUGGGUGGCCUUUGUCACGGGGCUCGUCCUCUCCGAGAUGCCCUACCUCUUGCUCUGCGGCGUCGUCUACUUUGUCUGCUGGUACUACACGGUCGGCUUCCCCGCGGCGUCGCAGCGCGCGGGCGCCACGCUAUUCGUCAUGCUGGCCUACGAGUUCCUCUACACGGGCAUCGGGCAGUUCGUCGCCGCCUACGCGCCCAACGUGGUCUUCGCCUCGCUCGUCAACCCGCUGCUGCUCGGCACCCUCGUCUCCUUCUGCGGCGUCCUGGUGCCGUACCAGCAGAUCCAGCCCUUCUGGCGCUACUGGAUGUACUACCUCAACCCCUUCAACUACCUCAUGGGCAGCAUGCUCGUCUUCGACCUGUGGGGCAGCCCCGUGCGCUGCGCCGCCGGCGAGUUUGCCGUCCUCGACCCGCCCAACGGCACCUCGUGCGCCGCCUACCUGGCCGACUUCCUGGCGCCGCGCGGGCCCGGCGCCGCGAGCAACCUCGUCAACCCGGACGCGACGGCCGCGUGCCGCGUGUGCUCGUUUACGCGCGCCGAGGAUUACCUGGCGACGCUCAACCUGGGCGACUACUCGUACGGCUGGCGCGACGCGGGCAUUGUCGUGCUCAUGGUUUUUAGCUCGUACGCCCUCGUGUACGCGCUCAUGAAGCUGCGCACAAAGUCGUCCAAGGAGGCCGAGUGA